GAUAACCUGCAGUUGGGAUGUGUGUGUCUGAGCUGCAUGUACCAUGUGAAGAGACUAAACUAACGGAUUAACCUGCAUAUUUUCAGCCAGAAACCACAGAAGAAAAAGGGGUUUACUGAGGAUUGUAGUCGCUGGAAGGAGAGAAGUUGGCGAAUUCGAGGCCCGCGUGCCAUGCCAGAGGGGACCCAUUCUGCUCUCCACCAGGGCCCAAUGGGGGAAGAAUCUCCUCAGUUGUCCUCACCCCUCUCCAACAGUGACCAUGUCCAGGGAGGCCUCGAUUUGGGUCCAUACUAUUGCGGCCAGGUAUGCAUGGAGGCACUGGAUGGAGAGGGUGAACGUCCAGUGAGCCUGGUGUCCUCCCUGUCCUCUGGUUCAUCCCGUGAUAGUCACAGUUUUUUCGGGAGCACAGCAGUCCUUCCUUCCUCCACCACACCGCCUAUUCCAAGUGAAGAGGACAUAGAUUUGGAGCUGAGCCCAGCUGAAGGCACCAGAGAGCAGGCUGGGAACCAGAGUCCCACCCUUUCAGGUUCUAGACAUCGCUGGCAGGAACAGCUGGAGCCCAGGUUGAUCACCAGCCAGUGGAAUAACAACAACGGCACAGCCAACAGGAAAGCGACCGGUGAAAUACUUCACAUCCCCUGUUCGCCUGUCGUCGCGGAUGCCAUGGCGCCCAACCCAAAGCUGACCUAUGUGGACCGGGUUGUCAUGGAGAUCAUGGAGACGGAGCGCAUGUACGUCAAGGAUCUGCGCAGCAUCGUAGAGGAUUACCUGGCUCACAUUAUCGAUAUAGGCAACCUUCCCAUACGACCAGAACAAGUGUGUGCUCUUUUUGGAAACAUAGAGGACAUCUACGAGUUCAACAGUGAGUUGCUGGAGUCUUUGGACAUGUGUGAAAAUGAUCCCGUGGCUAUCGCUCAGUGUUUUGUAAAUAAGAGUGAAUACUUUGAAAUCUACACCCAGUAUUGCACCAACUAUCCCAACUCAGUGGCAGCACUGACCGACUGCAUGAGGAGUAAAACUUUGGCCAAGUUUUUCAGGGAUCGACAGGCUUCUCUGAAGCGCUCCCUUCCUUUGGGCUCUUACCUCCUAAAGCCAGUUCAGAGGAUACUGAAAUAUCACCUGCUGCUUCAGGAAAUUGCAAAGCACUUUGACCCAGACGAAGAGGGCUACGAGGUCAUUCAGGAGGCCAUAGACACCAUGACAGGGGUUGCUUGGUACAUCAACGAUAUGAAGAGGAAGCACGAACACGCUGUCAGAGUGCAGGAGAUCCAGUCUCUUCUGAUCAACUGGAAAGGUGCUGACCUGACCACCUACGGAGAACUUGUGCUAGAGGGCACCUUUCAUGUGCUAAGGGCGAAGAACACCCGCACUCUCUUCCUCUUUGAAAAGAUGCUCCUUAUUACCAAAAAAAGAGGAGAACACUACGUCUACAAGAUCCAUAUCUUGUGCUCCACCCUAAUGCUACUUGACAGUGCCAAGGAUCCCCUGCUCUUCAGUGUUAUCCACUUCAAGCGUCCCAAGCAGCCUCACACAGUGCAGGCCAAGUCUGUAGAAGAGAAGCGUCUCUGGGCCCAUCACAUCAAGAGGCUCAUACUUGAAAAUCACAGCACCAUCGUUCCACAAAGGGCAAAAGAAGCCAUUCUGGAUAAUUCAAACUAUCUGGGGAAGUACCAGUAUAGCCCUGAGAAGCUGAAGAAGGUGGAGUCCUGCCAGCCUGAUGACUUCCAUCUCGAAGGAAGAAAUGGGAGAAGGAGAUCAGAGCCAGCCAAACAAAUCAGAAGAAGCACAAAAGCUGUUUUGAAGCACGCAGACAGUGAGGGGGCACUGCUGGGGGCUAGAUGCUCCCUUCAGCCGGCCACUAGUGUCAGUACGCUGACCUCCAGUCUAGGGGAACCCCAGGCUGAGAGCCCGUGUGUGGAGGAUCUAAUGCUGAGAAGGGACUCUCUGGAGGAGCUAAGUCCUACUGACAGGGACCCGAAACAGGGCUUUUUACCCAGUGAGGGGGGGCUGGAGCCAGAGAAGGCUGUGGAGGAGGAGGAUGUGGAAGAUGGGGAGAGCUACAAGGAAGAUAUACUGAUGGGAGACGACCAGGUAGCCGACUUUGCCAGCUCAGUGCUCGCAGCCAUCUCCUGCUGGCACUAUAGAGCCAGGUCUUUGCUUUCUACUCACUUCACAACGGUGAGGGUUUCAGCCACCCACGGGUUUCCCAUUUCCUGCUCCAUUCCACCAGCUUCACUGCCACUCAUUCUCCCAUGCUGGCUCUCAUCCCUAUCCCUCAUUUUUCAUGUUUUGCCUUUUCAGGAUGAUCAGAACGAAGAUAUUGCUGAGCUGAAAACUCUGACAAGAGAGGAUGCAGAAGCUUACAGGCAGGUGGAAAAACAUGAGGCUGAUGCUCUGAAAGAAACUUGCAGCUCGCAGGUCAGUAUGCAGGAGCCGUGCAAUCUAGACUGUCUUCCUCAAGCAAAUGAGAGCAAUCAGCUGGAAGAGGAUCACUUCCAGUGCCCUGAGUCUCCUGUGACCCCCUCAGAACAAGAAACUGAGACCUCAGGACCUCAGGAUGGCUCAAGGGAAACUGGAGAGGAAGAAGAAGGAGAGAGUGAUUCCUCUGGUCUUCAAGUGGAGGAGGCGAGUGUACUGAUAAAUGGAGAGCUCUCAGAAGAGGAAGAGGAGGUAAUCUCGGAUAAUAAAAGCAUCCUACCUUCCUCUGUGCUAGACCAGGCGAGUGUGAUAGCUGGACACUUCAGGGGCAGCCUAUCUAGACGGAGCAGUGUAAUGUCAGAGGACAUGGGUUCCCUUGUCUGCCCCUCAGAGUCCGUGGAUGAUGAUGCCGUCCACAGCCCUUCAGCUUGCAUGGAUUUUGAGAAACAGAACCAAAUGCUGCUCAGCUCCUCAGCAGAGCUGAAAACUAGCUCAGAGGCUAAUCAGUCAGUUCCUGUGCGUGAACUUGGGCUGAAUGAAGGGGAACGCAGGUCUACGCUCUCCAAACAAGAUCGCCUCCUCAUCCACAAAAUUCGACAGUACUACGAGCACGCUGAGCACCAAGAUGCUAACUUCAGCAUCAAGCGCAGGGAGAGUCUGUCUUAUAUUCCAGCAGGUCUGGUCAGGAACUUGAGCCAACAGCUUAAUGAUAAUCCUGCUCCUCAGGAGAGGGCCAUCCCAGCUCUUAGGAAAGGUCUCUCUCAGAACAGGCCUACAUCUUGGUCUGUGUUUGACCUUCCUGGAUUACAAACGAGUCAAAACACUGGAAAUUAUCUACCACAGAGAUCAGUUGAGGCCCAGGCUAGUUGUAACAGCAUUUCAGACAAUUCAGGCACAGAAGAGGAAUUCAGGCCUUCAUCAGAAAUGCUCAAGGUUUGGCAAGACAUGGAAAAUGAGGGACAAAGCCAGGAAGCCCAGCAGGAUGCAGAGGUGAAAGUUAGUGAGUCAUUAUUAGAAAUGGCACACGACAGCUCUGAUACUUCAGAUGCUAAAACCGAUAAGCAAUCACCUCAGGUUCUAGACGAAUCUGAAAUGAGCACCGCCUCCAAUACCCUCUCCACGUUGUCACCCAUCCCAACUUGCCAAGCAGUGGAAGGAGGAUCUGGUCAGGGCACCGAGACCCCGGUGUUUCAAGAGAGUAAAGACAACCAAGGUCAACUACCUAAGAUCAUUAGCUUCCGAACAAGCAUGGAUGAGGACCAGAUCCUUCAAGACAUGGGAAAGAUGAAGAACAAGGUGUUCCAGUUGGCUCGUCAGUACAGCCAGCGCAUUAAAAAUAAACCCAUUGUCUGGCAAAGGAGCCGAGAAACUGCAAACCAGGAAGCCUUCAGGGACAUGCCUGCUGUCCACAAGGAGAAGCUGCAGCUUAGAAAAAGGGGUAAACCAAGCCUAAGAUUGCCCACGAAUGCUUGCAGUCAAGCAGUUAUCCCUGAACUCCAUUCUCCAAGUCCAGUCCUGACUCCCAGCUCUGGAGCCAGCUCCCAGAGCACAAUUACCUGCCCGCAGAGCCCGGAGAUGGAGACCUUCCAUUGGCCUGAUGUUCAGGAGCUGCGCUCCAAAUACUCAGAUGCAUCCCACUCCUCAAAAAUAACCCAUAGCUGCACAGUCCUGAGUGGGAUGGACAGGUGUAAUGGCUGUGAACAUAAAUACAGUAGCUCCUCAGAUCUUCGUAGGUCUGUGACAGACCCUGACACACUUAGAAAGCAAUCUGAAACCACACGCAGAGACGGCUCCGUAGUAGAAGACUGGCCCCCACACCAGAAACGCUCUCGACUCUAUCCCCUGCUGUGCAGGUGGAAAUCUUUGGACCAUAUGCCUGGCUCUUUACCCCUUCAUGAAGUACAGAACCUUCAGGAACCUGCCAGGACCUGCCUUAAGGUCAGCCAAGCACAAGAAGGAGAUAACCUCUGUCCAGAGGGCGUAGACAGUGCAGCAAAGUCUGAUCUCCUGAGUUCAGGGAAGACCUCAGAGAGCAAACUUGUGAGAAGCUUACGAGAGAAGUUCCAGAACUUGAGCACAAGUUCAUGAACAUGUGAAUUAUGUAUAUUUUUAUUAGAAUUUUGAAACAUUAUCUGGCAAAUAUCUCAUACUUGUCCCAACACCCAUAUUUCAUGUUUUAUUCUCUUAAAAGAAUGCAACUUUGUGACUGUGCAGUGUUUUUACUAUAGGAGACACCCUGACAUGAUCGCAGCACAGUGUAACACCAGAGACAUAUUAAUGGCUAUUGUCUUCUUAUAAAAUAUGAAUUACAAUAUUUACACACUGGGUAAAUGUCUGCACGAAGUCUGUAGAAAUAUGUAUAAAAUCUCCUGUAUGAAAUGGGAAAACUGGUUGUACUUUAUUAUAUCCAUGUUUUUGGUUCCCACUGUUAGUGAUUCUUGCUACAGUCAGUAUAGCAAUAUUUCUAUGUAACUGUCAGGGAAGUUCUGACUGAUGUCAGGGAAGUUCUGACUGAUGUCAGCUCUGCUAUUAGCACAGCCUGUGUCCAAAUACCAAAGAUGGUUGCCAUUUUUGUUUUUUGUUAAUUUUGUUUUUAGCAACUGAUCCUAGCAGUCGUUUGCUUUGUCAUUUACUGUAGCUGUUUCUAAAACGUGUGAAACAUCACUGGAGCUUUAGCAUUCUCAGCAAGUUGUAUAUUUUCUUAAACAAUAUUUAUAAAACUGUAUAUUUGGGAAAUAUUGGCCUCUUGUAAAUACUCAGCUUAGAGCAACCUCUUUUUACUUUUCCAUUUCAGAAAAUGCACUGUUUCAUACUCAGUUUCCCAUAUUUUGAAUAAAAACAGAAAUGUCUUUGUCCGUUAUUAGUAAAUGUGCGUUACUGCAGAUCCAUUCAUACCGUGGCUGACAUGGAUCGCUUUAGAUAGAACUACAACUUCAAAGACAGCCUUCUAUUUACAUCAAAUAAAAUUCAUUUA